UUGCCGCUGGGCCCGGCGCCCUUCUCCCUUCCUCCCCUUUCCCCUCGCUCCCCUUUGGCCUUGGAGCGGGCGCCGCGAUGGCUCCGGCCGCCGACCGGGAGGGCUACUGGGGCCCGCCGACCUCCACCUUGGAGUGGUGCGAGGAGAACUAUGCCGUUUCCUACUACAUCGCCGAGUUCUGGAACACAGUGAGUAACCUGAUUUUCAUUCUACCUCCAGUCUAUGGUGCGAUUCAGACCUAUAAAGAUGGCCUUGAAAAACGGUAUUUAGCUGCAUAUUUGUGUCUUACAGCUGUGGGAUUGGGAUCUUGGUGCUUCCACAUGACCCUGAAGUAUGAAAUGCAGCUGUUGGAUGAACUGCCAAUGAUAUACAGUUGUUGUGUGUUUGUCUACUGCCUGUAUGAAUGUUUCAAGUACAAGAACACAGUCAAUUAUCCGCUGCUUUUCUUGUUAAUAACAUACAGCUUCGUAGUCAGCAUAGUUUACUUAAAUUUGAAAGAGCCUGUAUUCCAUCAGAUCAUGUAUGGAACACUAGUAUCCAUUAUAGUUCUACGAUCUGUGUAUAUAGUAUUAUGGGUGUACCCAUGGCUUAGAGGUCUAGGCUACACAUCUUUAACUGUAUUUUUAAUGGGAUUUUUUCUCUGGAAUGUGGACAAUAUUUUUUGUGAUAAACUGAGAGCACUACGAGAGAAGAUGCCUCCUGUUGUGGGGGCUGUGACACAGUUUCACGCAUGGUGGCAUAUUCUUACAGGCCUGGGCUCUUACCUUCAUAUCCUGCUAAGUUUAUACACAAGGACGCUUUUCCUGAAGCACAGGCCGAAGGUGAAGUUUGUUUUUGGAAUAUGGCCUGUUCUUCUUGUGGAGCCGCCCAAAAAGCUUUGACGGAGACCUGGGAAGUCCCCUGCGAUCACUUUGCCUGGGUGAAUAAAGCGAUUCAACACUUAACUGUGGCUGAAGUGUCAAAAUUCUGGAUCAAUUCAAGAACCAUUGCUAUAAAAGGACUUCUCUGUGUUACUAGGCCAGCUGGCCGGAACAGAGCAAAGAGUUGGCACACUAGGGAAAUAAUGUUUAGUACAGCUUUAUUCUAAGUUGUUAAAACAAAGUUUAAGACACAAUAUUUUUAUGUAUAUAUUGUAUAGCUGAUGAUACUGAGCUAAUAUUUCGUGCUGGUCACAGAAAACUAACCAUUUUGGAAGUGGAUUGCAUACGUUUUUCAUUCAGUUGUUGUUCUUUCUGUGGUUUAAACUAAUAUUAGUAACUGAAUGACAAAACCAGGCCAUGGACGGCCAAGCUAAGCAUUUGUGUGGCCUAUAGUGAACUGAAUGCUUAACCCGAACUACUUUAAUCUUGCACUUUUAUACAAUUAAUGAAGUAUGUAAUGGUUGAUUUAGGGCUUUAUCCUCUCUUGCUUUUCCACAGCCUCCUUUGCAAUUUAUACUUUAAGCAAAACGGUUGGGAAACCUGUGCCGUGUAGUUCAUUUUGUACCAUUUUCCCUUUAGUCCAACUGAGGUGCAUCGUGGAGGAUGUUCCAGGGUGUGACCAGCAGAAGACACUUAAGAUGGUGAAGCAUUAUAGGCACUCUUGUUUGUGUGUGGAAACUGAAUUCCUAAUUUGUUUGACCUGGAUCCAUCAGAAUGCAGAGUGACUGUAUAAACACAAGAAACACUUUUUUUUUUUGUUGGUUUUUUUUUUUAUAAUUAUUAUUUACGUGCCUCCUUUUUCUAUCCCUAUUUUUUACUCCCCGUGUCCCAUUCAUACUACAGAUUGACAAACACCGUAGAUGUGUGCUACUUCAGCUUGGAAUUCAUCUCUUUCCCUUAUUUUAUAAGUCUUAAAUAUUGGUCUGAUUUUCAGAAGCAUCUUCUUAUUCAGAAAUAUUGAAGAAAGAGUAAAGAACAAGAUUGAUGCUGAGGAUAUAAUUGGCAACACUUUGAUUGUUUGCUCUUAAUUUGUCCAUUAUGCUGUUACUCUGCGGAAAGUUGACCACCUUUUUAAAACCAAACUUUGGGGAUUAAAUGGGGGGGACAAACCCUCUGAUUCCUGCAAUUAUCUACCCAGCUGAUGAAAGUUAGUAAGUAAGCAUAAAGAAAACAUUGAACUAACACAGUUUUUUCACAAUAUACCUCAUAUUGGAGGCUGUGGGUUUGACUCUUCAGAUCUUGGGGCAACUAACGGAGUCUGUCUCUGGGCCUCCAUGCUGCCAUGCUAUGCAAUUUUUGCCGGCUUUUGAUGCCCUGAGGGAUUUAUCCUUCUUGCCAUGAAGGAAAAAAAAAAGGGGGGGGGGAAUGCUCAGACUGAUUGGAAAUCCCGUUCUGUAUUGAUUUAAAAUGUGCUCACGCAGCAAGGCACAGUAAUGUAGCUUUAUAGCUGUCUCCCAGAUCACAAAGUCCUGGCUAGUGUAAAAUUCCUUACUCCGACUGCUGAAAAAGUCAGACUGCGAUGUGUAUUGUACAAUCAACAGUGACUAAAAUAGUCUCCUCCCUUUAAUACCUUUUUUUUUUUCCCUUGUUUGCAGCUUAGUUGCAUUGUCCGUCUCCAUCAGUAGCACUCCUACUGAUGUGAAUCUCCAAAUAAAAUCCUGGCUUUUGUUACGUGACUGACCCUGGGCUCUUGGGAUCAAAUAGACCCAAACUCAGGGUUAGAAAAAGUUACUUAACCUUGAGUGACUUCAGUGAGGUUUAAGCACGUGCUAAUAGCGGUGCAUUUCAACCUGAAAUCAGCAAGCCGCUAUAAAGAUUCUUGAAUGAGAGUUUUAAAACAGAUUUGUUAUCAAUAGGCUCCAGGUCCAUAGAUAGGUCAGCGCCUGUGUUGGGAAAUCUGAGUGAUCUUCAGACUGAAAGACAUUGGAAUAACUAGCAUAGAGGGCGGAAAAUGCUGUCUUGGAUCAAGUGUCUUUAAUUAGCCAGACGGUAUAUUUAUUUAUUUUUUUUUUGUAAAGAGAUUUGAGAACUGUUUUAAAAAUGUAGCUUAAAAAUAAGUGCCUGCCUAUUCAUCUCCAGGCUCUCACAAAUAUGCUUCUUUACACUGUAUCUGAUUUUCUUAUUAAUAUGUUUACAUGUUUUCAUAAGUUAGGGAAAGAGUCCCAUAACAGGAGCAAUGCAGCAACCAGAUCUAUCCACAGUCACUUGUGACAUCUGCUAGGUAUGGUAUUAUUUUUAAGAAAACGAACAAAACCUUUAUCUUAGUGGCCUUGGGUUUUGUUACUGGAGGAUCUGGGGGGCUGUGUUUGGUUUCCCUGUAAUUGCAGGAACCAGACUGUGCUGAAAACCACUUUCUUAUUGAUAAGGCAUCUCUACAAUGGUAAAUUUUAAAGAAAUUUAUUGAUUCUCCUACACAUUAUUGAUUCUCCUACACAUUUGCAACUGGGAAGUGUAUGUUUUUUUCAGAUCUUGUUGAAUUAAAUUGUCAGGGUUAAAAAAAAGAAAAGGUAGAAAAGCUCAUUUUAAUUUUGUGCCGCUGUUACUUUUUCAUUCACAUAUCGUUUGUCACUGAUGUUUUUAUCUUUAAAAAAAUGAGGCACGUUGGCUUCUUCUUUCAUUCCAAACGACCCAAAACAUGCACACCUCUGCCACCUUCUAGCAGCCUUUCUUUCAGGUCAUGUUAGACCCUGAAGAAUGUAAUUUAUGUGUGUAUCCUUCUAAGCGUAAAUAAUGUAAAAUGAUGGGUGCUUCGGUUUCACUGCCUUACUGAUCUCGUGGGUGAUACUGAAAAAGGCGAGCCAGUUUGAACUGCGUGCCACUGAAAUUCAGACUGCCUUUUCUAGUGCCUGGAAAGACAUACAUCCGUAACGCCUGUAGUGUGUUAAAUGUCUGUUAAAUUGCUUUUUAUUUAUAUCGCUUGUAUGACGUGAUGAUUUUUUUUUCUACAAACCUUAGGGCAGCAUAUCCCAAACUUUUCUUGCACUACAUCUUAUAAAGUGGGUCAUCUUUGAUCCUAUUUUUUGAGUAGGAUUCAGACAGCAGCUACUUUAAAGGGAAUUAGGGAAGCAGCAGGUGUUGUUUCAUAGGAAUCCUACAGGAUGCGUUGGACAGACUUGAUCGCAAUGAACUCUUUAACAUCCAUGAAGAACCAGGAAAUCUGCCACCUUACGACCGUCAGCUUGGCACAGAUCAGCACCAAGUAGUUCUGCGGGCCGUGAGCUGAAAAAUUCUUCCUUGGAAAGAAAAGAAAAACCUCAAAAUUAUUCUCCCAGCACAGGUCAACACCGUACCUUAUGCCGGGAAUCUAGAUUUUCUGAGUACAGCUCCAGAACUGAAGAUAUGAUAAAGAGAAAUCUGCCAGCAGGACAAAUCUCGUCCGUGUUUUGAAGGCAGCGGUGUUAGCUAGCAGUAUUAGUCAUCUCCGGACUUUAUUUUAAUGCUUUUUCUUUUAGCACGAGGAAGAUGUGCUACCCACAAGUGUUUAGAAGACAACCCGUUAGUCAGAGUUGGAAUAUGCAGUCUAUCACUUGCCGAUCUACCUCUGUCGUGUGUUGUAUGAUACCUGCGCCCUUAAUUCUGGCUGCCUGAAUGUGCAGCCGGACUUAGACCGUGCGGCCCCCGAGGCUGACAACAGUAUUGUAUUGAUCUGGGGCUGACUGUUCGCUCCCCGAAAAACACCCUGACUUGUUCGGUGUCUGUCACUCUUAGGCUGUGCUCAGUCUGCGUGCAGAAGGCCGGCUGCUUUAGAAAGAGAGACAAGUAGGAGGAUUUGAAUUCAGACAGGUGAAGUGAAACCUUUUUGACAAUUAAUUCACGUUAAAGCUAAGAUGCAAACUUGUUUUGCAUGAUUUUGGAAGAGAUGCGACAGAAAACACUGUUUUAUGUGUAAUUUUAAUUCUCUUAAUCUAUCAUGCUGUCUCGUUUGGCUGAAGAGAAAUUGCACGACUUGCAAUGCAGUUGAUUCUUUCGGCUGUAGCGCAUUUGCUUCCGACACCUGGUUUCGAACAGCUGAAUGAGAUUUUUCAGCUAACUCCUGUUCCUUCAGCAGCAGAAAAUCCUCCCAGUAUCACGAGUGUUUCUCACAGUCACUACCACCUUGUUCAGUCUGCGUUCAAGAAUUUUGGUAAGACCUCUUAUUGUAGACCUGUUUUUCUCUGCGGCUAUAUUUUGGGCAUUUGAUAGGAAGUGGUGAAACAAUUCAAUACAACACUCCUCAGUGGAAGCUGAGCUCUAAGGAAGCAGCACUGCUGUUUUCUUCAGUAGACCUCGGAAUCCAUGAACACACCUUAAUUUUGGCGGAACGUUUGCCCCAUAAUUUAAAUGAAUAUAUUCAGGUAAAACAGGUGGUUUACUUUAAAGAAACCCCAUCUGCACUAUGUAAGGAGGCGGUGGGAGGCUUUAACUGCAAAGUACUGUUUAACUGCGAGACUUGAGUGUGAAGAGGGAUAAAUGACAGAGUCUUUAUUACCCGUGAGAAGUGAAAAGCCAGAAGGAGAUUAAGAAAUCUUACAUGGAAAGAGAAAAACAAAAGAUUAAGCACAAAAUCCCGUAGUAUUACAUCAGCCACCCGCCUGAUAACGGCACUUUAGAUACGUAACAAGCUUGAAUGUUUUGCUAUUUACGCGUUUAACUUUCCAUCCCAACUCUGCACUCUUCAGCAUAGAAGCGAUGUAGUCUCUGUUACAUUGGGUUCAUUGCAUAUUACUUCGCUGCUGUUUUAUGAGGAUGGAACGUGACACAGAUUGUUUCGUCCAUGAAUGAAUACAUUUCUUACCCAUCUGGAACAUCCUCUGCCAGCUUUGUUUAAGAGCCCAUAAUGUAACUACAGAGAAUAUACUGUAGAAGUAUGAAGUUCAGUUUGGGGCUUCUUUGUUUGGUUUCUCGCUCAUGACUGCCUACAGCUGCCAAGUGCCUCAUCUCUUUUCUCGCAAGUCUUUUCUGGGAGCUGAGGCUCUGUUUCCUACUGGGGGCCGUAAGACAAGGAGGUCCUUGGUAGGUGGGAGGUGGGUUUGAUUUUUUGUUAAAAUUUCUCCUGCUGCAGGAGUCACUUUACAGAGACGUAGUUAUCUAGUACGUGGCUGCCUCUGCUUGGCUCAGACUCGAGCCUGGCUACCCCCUAUCCCUGCCGCUGUUGCAUCUUAGCAGAUUUUGAAAGCUGGUGGAGGGAUUUAGCCCCACAGCUGGUGUUUAUUUUGAAUGAAUGUAGUUCGAUGACAGGCAGUGUGAGGGCGCAGCAAGCAAGCACUUUAUGCACUGCCCCGUUACUGGAGCUCCCAGACAGAUGCUCCAAAGAGGACGGGAUAUGGGGCUUCACGUGUACAAUUUUGGGGGCAGGGUUGAUGUCUGAACCUCUUACUUUACUUUAGAAGUCUCCCUUUUUACCUGUUGAAAGUGGUUAGGUUUGAUUAGGCAUGUAAUUGCAGAUUUAAAAAGACCCAAGUUCAGAAUCCAGCUAAUGCAAGACCUUAAACCGGUGCCUGCCAAUUUUUUAUUUUGCACAUAUUUCACACGAGUUGAAUCUGCCUGAUGCUUAGAGCAGAUUGCUGAGAUUUUAAAAAUGCAAAGAUAAAGGGUCUCUUCAUUAUUUGUCCUUCAUCACCAAAAUGCAGGAAGAGCUGUAAGCACAAUCUCAGAUCCAGCCUUUUCCCCAAAGCCCUGGAAUAUAUAUGUAUAUGUUUCUCCAAAGCCAAUGUUGAAUAGGGAUGGGCUUUCACACUGCUCAUAGCAAAUCGUGUACCAAAAUGUUUUCUAAAUUAAAGCCUUGGUCAGUCGCUGCAGAAGAAUGUUGGUUGUGUAUAUUAUUGCUCCCUGGAUUUUGGAAGAGAGAGUUUCAAGCAGCAUAAGCAGUAGUUACUCCUUAGACUGAACAGUAACUGUUUUUUCUCUUGAUCUUCCAAAUUGAUGUUGACUAUCUGAUGUUGACUAUUGAACUCAGCUUAAUGCACUGAUGAUGUUUACUGUCUUAGCAAAUAACAUCUGUCCACCUGUAAUGGACAUGAAAUACCCCGUGCGUUACGUGACCAAACUUUCUAACAUUGACACUAUUAGUUCUAAUGUAAUGCUAUUAUUUUUUUUCCUGAAAUUCAGUAGAUUGUUUCAGAUCGAUAACUACACUGUGACAGAUGAAUAGCAGUUGACCUGUAAAACACAGCUGCAUUGAGCAAUGUUUAUUGACAAUUUUGAUAUAUUGAAGUGAUUCUUCAUACCAAACCAGCUGGUAAUUAACAUUAGGCUUAUAUGUAUCAGCGUAUCUCGGUUUGCAAAGCACAGUAGCUUUGAAAUAUUUAAUGUAUUUCAUUUGUUACUCAUGCUGCAGUCAAGCACUAAUUUGUGUCUUUAUAUUUCGAAUUA